GCACCAUCAAGCUGAAAGCAUCCCACUACACGCAGGGAAUUACAGCAUGUGCCAGAUCCAAAAUGCCACAGCAAGCAUUGGAGUUGUUUGAUGACAUGCCCCGGGCAAAGGUUAAGCCACAUGUGUACAGCUACAGUGCCGCCAUCAGCGCAUGUGAGAAGGGCGGUCAAUGGCAGGAAGCAUUGAAGUUGUUUGAUGCCAUGCCCCAGUCAAAGGUUCAGCCAAAUGUUUACAGCUACAGUGCCGCCAUCAGCGCAUGUGAAAAGGGCGGUCAAUGGCAGCAAGCAUUGAUGUUGUUUGAUGCCAUGCCCCAGGCAAAGGUUCAGCCUGAUGUCAUCAGCUACAACUCCACCAUCAGCGCAUGUGAAAAGGGUGUUGUUUGAUGCCAUGCCCCAGGCAAAGGUUCAGCCCAGUGUCAUCAGCUACAGUGCCGCCAUCAGCGCAUGUGAGAAAGGCGGUCAAUGGCAGCAAGCAUUGAAGUUGUUUAAUGCCAUGCCCCAGGCAAAGGUUCAGCCCAAUCUCAUCAGCUUCAACUCCACCAUCAGCGCAUGUGAAAAGGUGCUGCCAUCAGUGCAUGUGAGAAGGGCGGUCAAUGGCAGCAAGCAUUGAAGUUGUUUGAUGCCAUGUCAAAGCACACUGUGUCGCCAAAUUUUAGUUACUUACAAUGCUUUGUUGCAGAGCGCCGCAGUUCACUCUGGCGAGAUUGGUAGGCAGUUGUUUCUGCAAUGCAACUUGCCAGAGGUUCGGACACUGCGAGCAUGUGGAUCCUCCAAAAUUGACCUCCAUGACCUUUCGGAAGGAACUGCUUUGCUUGCUUUGCGGUAUUGGUUGUCCAAUGCAGUCGCCCGAGACUUGGAGAGCAGCGACCCACUGACUUGUAUCAUCAUCACCGGAUACGGAAAAUCUCGCAAGGACUGGGACACCACCGAUGUACGUCAGGCGGUUUUGAGCUUUUUUCAACGUCUGGGACUCAAGCCCAGUCCUUUGCCUGAAAACCCAGGUCGGCUUCGACUUGUCGUAACGAAGAGAAACCUGCCUGUGCUGCGGUGUGCGGUUGGCAAAAUCGUGCGAUCUGCAG